AUGAAACUACUAACAAUAAGCUUGCUCUGCGUUGCCCUGGCCUGCUGCAACAAAAAGGACAGUACAACUGCAGCCGAUGCCACUGUUCAACAUCGUGUACUGACGCAAAACCUGCAAUAUCCAUGGGAAAUACUAUGGGGCCCGGAUAAUAAAAUCUGGAUAACAGAACGCAGUGGAAAAAUAAGCCGUGUAGAUACAGCCAGCGGUAUAGUGACUCCUUUACUUACCAUAACUGAUGUAAAAGCAUCAGGCGAAGGUGGCUUACUGGGCAUGGUGCUGCACCCUGAUUUUGCCGUAUCGCCUUUUGUAUAUGUAGCGUAUAACUAUGAACAGGCGGGUACUUACAAAGAAAAAAUAGUGAGGUACACGUUCAGCGGCAACAGCCUUGGCAACCCUGUUGUUUUGCUAGAUAAUAUUGCUGCAUCCUCCAUUCAUAAUGGUUGCCGUUUGCUGAUUAGCCCGGACCGGAAAUUGUUUAUCAGUACCGGCGAUGCCUCCAAUCAAUCAUUGCCACAGAAUGCCGCAGCAGUAAAUGGAAAAAUAUUACGUUUAAACCCCGACGGUAGCAUCCCUUCGGACAACCCGGUACCCGGCAGCCCGGUAUGGAGCAGGGGCCACCGCAAUCCGCAGGGACUGGUAUUUGCCAACAAUAUGCUCUACAGCAGCGAGCAUGGGCCCGAUAUAGAAGACGAGAUUAAUAUCAUUGAGAAAGGGCGCAAUUAUGGCUGGCCCGAUGUAAAAGGGCCCUGUAAUGAAAGCGGUGAAACAGCCUUCUGCAAUACCAAUAAUGUAAAAGAACCCAUCAAGUCGUGGACACCUACGCUGGCCGUAAGCGGCAUAGAUUUUUACAAUGCCGGGUUGAUUCCGCAAUGGAAGAAUUCUUUACUGGUAGCCACACUUAAAAACAGCCGCCUGCUGCAAUUAAAGCUGAACGACGCGCAUACCCUGGUAACAGCCAGCAAUGAAAUAUUGGGCAAUGAUUAUGGAAGGCUGAGGGAUGUUUGUAUUUCUCCUGAUGGCAAAGUAUAUGUCUGCACCAGUAAUGGAUCCAAUGACCAGAUUAUAGUUAUUUCGAAGAAAUAG